AUGGCUGCUAAUCACGGAGCCCUUAACAAUCUACUACCAUUGACCCAUAAGCGCAUGGUUGCUGCUUGGUUGGAGGAGGAUUGCCCGAGCUUAGAUUAUGGUGGAUUUGUGGUUGGAGAGGUCGAGGGUGAAGCGAAGCUGCUCGGCAAAAGCAAGGGAAUGGUGGCUGGUGUUCCUUUCUUCGACGAGGUUUUUGCGCAGCUAGGUUGCACCGUUGAAUGGAAAGUCAAAGAAGGUGACAAAAUCGAGCCUAUCACAGUUUGUGCCAUCGUCAGGGGUCCAAUGAGGAAACUCCUCCUCGGCGAACGGGUUGCACUAAAUAUCUUGGCUCGUUGCUCAGGGAUCGCCACCAAGGCAUCAUCCCUUCUCACCAUUCUUCGAUCCCAUGGAUGGGGCGGUAUCCUAGCAGGUACCCGCAAGACCACACCAGGCUUCAGACUCGUUGAAAAAUAUGGUAUCAUUGUUGGGGGUGCUGAUCCACACCGUCAAGACCUAAGUUCAAUGACCAUGCUCAAGGACAACCAUAUUUGGGCCUGUUACAAUAAAGACAGAGCAUCUCACAGCAGUAGCGGCGAGAAUAUAACAAUCGCAGAUGCGAUUCCUUCUGCCGUCGAUGCUGCACGAGCGGCUGGUGGUUUCGCUGUCAAAAUCGAAGUCGAAUGCCGCAGCAUCGAGGAAGCGAAUGCGGCUAUCGGUGCCGGCGCAGACAUUAUAAUGUUGGAUAAUUUUUCCCCUGAAGAAGUUCGUCAAGCAGCUCGGCAGCUGAAAGAUGAGUGGGAUGCAAAAGGCAAACCAAGAGGAAGCUUCUUAAUCGAGGUCAGUGGCGGUUUGAGAGAAGAAAACGUCGCAGACUUUGCAUGUGAGGAUGUUGAUAUACUGUCAACGAGUAGCAUCCAUCAGGGUGUGGGUAUCGUGGAUUUCUCGUUGAAAGUGACGAUAAGUUGAGGCGCGAGAAGCCCGUGGCUCCGGGUAUAAGUUGAGUUCAAUUUGUUGAAUUUAUGCAAAAGGCAAAGAGGUGGAAGCGGUGACGCUUGAAUCAAAUUUGUAAAUACGGGAGCCUACCAUUAGAUGCAAUAAGUGGAUGUACUC